CAAUGCAUGUACAGCCUGUAUUAACCGUUGAUAAUGAAGAUCUGGAUUUAAGUUGAGGAAAGGAGGUCUUAAACAAUUUGUUGGUAAACAUGCUUUUUAGGUUCUUAAAAUACGUCAAUCUUUGUGUAUUGUUUCUGACAUCAUUAGGAACAACCAAUUCCCAAGAUUUCCAGACAGUAGGACCACUCUGUUUGUACACCUGUACAGGUAAUCAUUGUCCUCACGGAUACUUACCUGUAGGAUGCCCAAGGUGUCAGUGUGCUCCCGAUCCUUGCGUGUUAACACAAUGUCCGACUGGAUUCAGUUGUUCCUCCAUUCCAACCGACUGUGGCUACCCAAGAUGUCCCCACAAAGCGAUUUGCCGACAGAAUGUAACCUUAGGAGAGCAACCUUGUGGAUGUCGAUCGGAUUUUUCGCCGGUGUGUGGCGCUGAUGGAAAAACCUACCCCAAUGAUUGUGUGAGAUAUUGUCUUCGUGUAAUGAAGGCCUAUGACGGAUCGUGCCACUGCAAAUGUUUCCGCCAUUAUGACCCAGUUUGUGGAGCAGACGGACAAACCUACACAAGCAAGUGCACUCUGCAGUGUAGGGAUAAGGUGAUGAAGACCGAUCACGCGUGUCCCUGCAGGUGCCCGCUAACCAAGGACACGGUAUGCGGUGUGGACGGACAGACUUACAUCAACCCGUGUGUCCUGAAUUGCGCUGGGGUCACGAUGAGGCAGAGGGGGUCAUGCGAGUGUUUGAUGAUGUGUAACAGCGUCCCCCGGCCGGUGUGUGGGAGUGACUCGGUUACCUACAGAAACGAUUGCUACAGACAUUGCGCGGGAGUAACGAUUGCUUUUCGAGGUUCCUGUACUCAACUGAAAAGAGCGCAAAAAGGAGGAACACAGCCUAGAUUGAACCGUCAGCGAUAAACAAACGUAUUGAAGGACAACAUAAUGAUUUACAACCUUAUUAAUAUAAUUAGAUUUUUAUGCUUCGUCAUAUUAUACCUACAUGUAUGUGCCUGCAUGACAAAUAACAAUGAUUGUGAUUUUGUUUCUUCUUCAGUAUAUAUUAUUUUACAAAAUAAAGGAAAUUGGAGAUUAAAAGUGAUAGAGAGAAAGGAAAAGAAAGUCUCGUUGGUAUCAAUCUGAGAUUUAUAAAAGUACAUGAAGAUCAAUUGCGUUUACUAUAGUUCAUAUGUAAAAGAAUCCCAAUGUAAAAUACAUGCCACGGUUUACAUUUGUCACGCAGUCCCCGUGUUCUAUA